UAACUACACAUUCUUAGCUUGCAUUUCCUUCUCCAGAGCCCUCCCUUUCUUUCUUCGCUUUACUGCAUUAUGCAUUUUCAAUAGAACAAAUAUAUACAUACAUACGGAGAAAAAGUUUCGAUCCUUUCAAGAAGCAUUUUUUUCUCUCUCUAGAAAAAAUGGUUCUUGCAAGAUUCGGGUUAAUCAAGAACGUUGGAUUUUUUCUGAUUCUUUUUUGUUUACCGUUGAUAUGUCUUGGGAUUCGUUCCUUUCCGAAUUCUGGGGUGUCUGAAUCGGAAUUUAAUAGCUUUUUUGGGUUCUCGGAGGCCCCGGACUACCGGAACGGCGUCGACUGUUCGUCGUCGGCGGCGACAAUGGAGGGGCAGGUUGUGACGUUAUGUGAUCCGUCGCUGAUUCACGUGGCGAUGACUCUUGACUCGGAGUAUCUACGCGGGUCGGUGGCGGCGGUGCAUUCUGUUCUCCGUCACGCGUCUUGCCCAGAGCAGAUUUUCUUCCACUUCAUCGCCGCCGAGUUCGACUCAACCAGCCCGCGAGUCCUGUCCCGACUUGUUCGAUCCAUUUUCCCUUCACUCAACUUCAAAGUCUACAUAUUUCGUGAAGACACAGUGAUCAACUUAAUCUCCUCCUCCAUCCGGACCGCCCUGGAGAACCCGUUAAACUACGUCCGGAACUAUCUGGGCGACAUUCUUGAUUCAUGUGUCAAUCGGGUCAUCUACUUGGAUUCGGAUCUUGUCCUGGUUGACGACAUUCAAAAGCUCUGGAACACCCCCAUCCCCAGAUCCAAAGUAAUUGGAGCCCCGGAAUACUGCCACGCCAAUUUCACCACAUACUUCACGGACGCAUUCUGGUCCGACCCGGUUCUGAGACGGGUGUUCGGGUCAAGAAACCCUUGUUAUUUCAACACUGGUGUAAUGGUAAUGGAUUUAGAAAAGUGGCGAAGAGGGAAUUACCAGAAGAAAAUUGAGAACUGGAUGGAACUUCAGAGAAAGAAACGUAUAUAUGAACUGGGUUCAUUGCCUCCAUUUUUGCUGGUUUUCGGUGGAAAUGUGGAGCCCAUUGAUCACAGAUGGAACCAGCAUGGAUUAGGAGGGGACAAUGUGAAAGGAUCCUGUAGAGGCCUGCACCCUGGACCGGUGAGCCUAUUGCACUGGAGUGGUAAAGGGAAGCCAUGGGUGAGGCUUGAUGAGAACAAACCCUGUCCGUUGGAUCAUCUUUGGGCGCCUUAUGAUUUGUACAAGCCCCAUCAGCAGGGGAAAUUGAAGGUACAAACAUGGCAGCAGCAGCAGUUGGGUUUGGGAUUCUCUAGUGGUGGAAGUAGCACAAAUUUGAUUGAAUUGUCCAGUUAUUUCAUUUGAUUUUUUUAUUUUUUUAUUUUUUUAUUUUCACAAAAAAAAAUUAAUAUUGGAUUUUCAAUUAGGUUUGUACAGAUUGAUUAAUUUGGUGGGGGAUACAUUUUAUGGAAUUAUUUGGAGUUCCAUUGAUUUGGAACAAUUUUGGGAUACAUUGGUAUUGUAUUUACAAAGCAAAUUAUGAAUCUUUAUUUGUUUCAACAUUGGUUGUAUUGAAUUC